AUGGCCAGUAACGACUCGAGCGACACCUCUACCACCCUAGACGUAGAUGAUGAGCCCAGCUCCAUCACCCGCGCCGAGGCUUGUAGUACUGGGGCAGGAUCGGAUGGCCAACGCGUCUCAGCCACAGAGUCACCGCCGCCCAGCAUCGAGGGCUACGAAAACUGUGAGAUCUGCUUCGACGAUGCCCUCUCUACCCAGUUCACAACCCUCCCUUGCGAGCAUGGACACAGGUUCAUGACUUUGUGUAUCACCACAUGGUUCCAGCAACUCUACAACCAGCAGGGACCCCAGGUACACUGCCCCAAGUGUCGUGAAGAGUUCAAAUACACUGCAUGCGGUCAUCCCCUGGAGGCGCAUCGCCUUGUGGAGCCCAGAAACGUUCUCAAGGCUGAUCUGAUGGUGGCUGAAUGCUUGUCAUGCCAGAGGGAAACGCGAUCCCGUCGCUUUCUGAAAAUUCGGCGUGACUUUGACAAGCAUGAAGGACCUGACUGGGACAUGAUUGAACCCGGCGACUUGUCCCCAGCCCUAGAGGCACUGGCUGCUGUCAGAUUCGCCGACGAGUACGAGGAGCUGAAGGAGGACUUCGCAAACCGAGUUCGACUGAUGGAAGCAGAGCUCGAGGAGCUGAAGGAAGACCCGGUCUUGUCAGACUCGAAUUCCCAUGUCUGGGCACUGGAGUCAAUCCUCGCGGGGAUCGAACGUAUGAGGAACGCGCCCCAGGAGGCGGAAAUCCUUCACCCAGAGAUAUUCGACUCACCCUCAGAGGAAGACGACGAAGACAACGACGAUGAGUAA